GUGUUGGAACUAGUGAGUGCUGGAGUCUCAGAGCCUCGGCAGUCACCCAGACUGCCGGGGACAGUGGAUUAAGAGAAAGAAGCUCGCCUGCCUGGAGGCUCAUAUACCCUGUUACUCAGUUUCCUGCCUCGGAGAUAAAGAUCCCAGCUACAUGGGCAAACGCCUGGAUCAGCCACAAAUGUACCCCCAGUACACGUACUACUAUCCUCAGUACCUCCAAACCAAGCAGUCCUAUGCACCAGCUCCCCACCCCAUGGCUCCUCCCAGCCCCAGCACAAACAGCAGCAGCAACAGCAGUGGGGAACAGUUGAGUAAGACAAACCUAUACAUUCGAGGACUUCCACCAGGCACCACUGACCAGGACCUCAUCAAGCUAUGUCAACCGCAGGGCAGCAAUGUGUCCACACGGGCAAUUCUUGACAAGAAUACGAAUCAAUGCAAAGGUUAUGGUUUUGUAGAUUUUGAUAGUCCGGCAGCCGCACAGAAAGCAGUGGCAUCCUUGAAGGCAAAUGGUGUGCAAGCACAGAUGGCCAAGCAACAAGAGCAAGACCCUACGAACCUAUACAUCUCAAACCUCCCCAUCUCCAUGGAUGAGCAGGAGCUGGAGAACAUGCUAAAGCCCUUUGGACACGUGAUAUCCACCAGAAUCCUGAGAGAUGCCAAUGGCGUCAGCAGAGGUGUAGGCUUUGCCAGAAUGGAGUCUACUGAAAAAUGUGAAGUGGUAAUUCAACAUUUUAAUGGAAAAUAUCUGAAAACACCGCCAGGCAUCCCAGCCCCCAGUGAGCCUUUGCUGUGCAAAUUCGCUGACGGAGGACAGAAGAAGAGGCAGAGUCAGAACAAGCAUACCCAGAAUGGGAGGCCAUGGCCCAGAGAAGGAGAGGCUGGCAUGGCUCUGACCUAUGACCCCACAGCUGCCCUACAAAAUGGAUUUUACUCUUCACCGUACAGUCUCGCAACCAACCGCAUGAUCCCGCAGACAUCUAUCACACCAUUCAUUGCCGCCUCCCCUGUCUCCACAUACCAGGUCCAGAGCACGUCAUGGACGCCACACCUGCCAUACAUAAUGCAGCCAACAGGUGCUGUGAUCACACCCACCAUGGACCACCCCAUGUCAAUGCAGCCAACCAACAUCGUGGGUCCCCUGACGCAGCAGAUGAACCAUCUUUCCCUGGGGACGGCAGGAACGAUUCAAUCCCAAGACAGAAUUAUGGUACUUCACCAGCUGUUGUGUCAGUAUAUGACCGCUGCUCCCAUGCAAGGGACCUACAUUCCCCAGUACACGCCUGUGCCUCCGACAGCUGUUUCUAUUGAAGGUGUUGUUGCUGAUACCUCUCCCCAGACGGUGGCCCCCUCAUCGCAGGACAGCAGUGGUCAGCAGCAACAGUUAGCAGUGGACACACCCAGUGAACACGCGCCGGCAUAUUCAUUCCAACAGUCCAAGUAA